AUGCUCAAGUGCAUCCCGCUGUGGCGCUGCAACCGGCACGUGGAGUCGGUGGACCGGCGGCACUGCUCGCUGCAGGCCGUUCCCGAGGAGAUCUACCGCUACAGCCGCAGCCUGGAGGAGUUGCUGCUGGACGCCAACCAGCUGCGCGAGCUGCCCAAGCCCUUUUUCCGUCUGUUGAACCUGCGAAAGCUGGGCCUCAGCGACAACGAAAUCCAGCGCCUUCCCCCCGAAGUGGCCAACUUCAUGCAAUUGGUGGAGCUGGACGUGUCUCGGAACGAUAUCACGGAGAUCCCCGAGAGCAUCAAGUUCUGCAAGGCCUUGGAGAUCGCUGACUUCAGUGGGAACCCCCUGUCGAGGCUCCCUGAUGGCUUUACUCAGCUGCGCAGCUUGGCCCACCUGGCCCUGAACGACGUGUCCCUGCAGUCGCUGCCAGGGGAUGUGGGCAACCUGGCCAACCUGGUGACCCUGGAGCUGCGUGAGAACCUGCUGAAAUUCCUGCCUGCCUCUCUGUCCUUCCUGGUCAAGUUGGAACAGCUGGAUCUUGGAGGCAAUGACCUGGAAGUGCUGCCCGACACUCUGGGGGCUCUGCCCAACCUGCGUGAGCUGUGGCUGGACCGGAACCAGCUGUCCGCACUGCCCCCGGAGCUGGGGAACCUGAGGCGCCUUGUCUGUCUGGACGUGUCAGAGAACCGACUCGAGACUCUGCCCGCAGAGCUCGGUGGGCUGGCGCUGCUCACGGACCUGCUGCUCUCCCAGAACCUGCUGCAGCGGCUGCCUGAUGGCAUCGGCCAGCUGAAACAGCUGUCCAUCCUGAAGGUAGACCAGAACCGCCUUUGUGAGGUGACCGAGGCCAUUGGGGAUUGUGAGAACUUGUCUGAGCUGGUGUUGACCGAGAACCUCUUAACGGCUCUGCCCCGGUCCCUGGGGAAGUUGAGCAAGCUGACCAACCUCAACGUGGACCGCAACCACCUGGAGGAGCUGCCGCCCGAGAUUGGGAGCUGCUCGGCGCUCAGUGUGCUCUCCCUCAGGGACAACCGUCUGGCUGUCCUGCCCCCAGAGCUGGCGCACACUGCCGAGCUGCACGUGCUCGACGUGGCUGGGAACCGGCUGCAGAGUCUGCCGUUCGCGCUCACCCACCUCAACCUCAAAGCGCUGUGGCUGGCGGAGAACCAGGCCCAGCCUAUGUUGCGCUUCCAGACGGAGGACGAUGUCCGCACCGGCGAGAAGGUGCUCACCUGCUACCUGUUACCACAGCAGCCCUCACCCAGCCUCGAGGACACUGAGCAGCACAGCCCCUCUGAGACCUGGAGCAACGCCCCCUUGAGCCGCGUUAGUGUCAUCCACUUCCUGGAGGAGCCCACGGGGGAAGAAGAUGCUGAGGAGGCUGCCUCUGAAUCACGGGGCCUGCAGCGCCGCGCCACACCGCACCCCAGCGAGCUCAAAGUGAUGAAGAGGGGCAUCGAGGAGCGGCGCAACGAGGCCACCCCCUGCAGACCUGGCCCCCAGCCACCCUCACCCGACGAGGAGGAGAAGAGGCUGAGCACCGAUUCUGCCUUGAGCGAGGCCUCACGUCCGUCUGCAAGUAGCGGCUCCGAGGGGGAGUGUGAGGGCCUUCCGGCUGAGGAGGAAACCCUAGACCAGCAGGAAACUCUGCCAAGCAGCCCAGAGGAGGACUAUGAGGAGCCCACAGUGCACUUCGCAGAGGACACGCUGCUGCCGAGAGAGGACAGCGAGGACGAGGAAGGGCAGGCCGAGUCUGCCUGGCCUGCAGCAGGUGGACGGCAGCGGCUGAUCCGCAAGGACACGCCACAUUACAAGAAGCAUUUUAAGAUCUCGAAGCUGCCGCAGCCGGAGGCAGUCGUGGCCCUGCUGCAGGGGGCACGGCCAGAUGGUGAGGGCCAGGCAGGGCCCAGCAGCUGGCACAACGGUCCCCACUCGCCCUGGGCUCUUGGGCCUGAGGAGGAGGAGGACGGGACAGUGGAGGAGGAGCUGGAGGAGGAGGAGGUCGUGGCUUCUGCACCCUCUGUCAAGGGGGUGUCGUUUGACCAGGCCAAUAACCUGCUGAUAGAGCCCGCCCGCAUUGAGGAAGAGGAGCUAACUCUCACCAUUGUACGGCAGACAGGGGGUCUGGGCAUCAGCAUCGCUGGGGGCAAGGGCUCCACCCCCUACAAGGGAGAUGAUGAGGGUAUAUUCAUCUCCCGAGUAUCCGAGGAUGGACCUGCUGCCCGAGCUGGAGUCCGAGUCGGGGACAAGCUCCUGGAGGUGAACGGCGUGGCCCUGCAGAGCGCUGAACACCACGAGGCUGUGGAGGCUCUGCGGGGGGCGGGAGCCACCGUGCAGAUGCGGGUAUGGCGGGAGCGCAUGGUAGAGCCAGAGAAUGCGGUCACGGUCACACCACUUCGGCCCGAGGACGACUACAGCCCCCGGGACAGGCGCCCAGGUGGCCUCCGCCUGUCCCUACCCCCGCCGGACCCUGGGCCCCUACGCCAGCGCCAUGCUGCUUGCCUGGUGCGCAGUGACAAGGGCCUGGGCUUCAGCAUUGCCGGUGGGAAAGGCUCCACCCCCUACCGGACUGGUGACAUGGGCAUCUUCAUCUCCCGCAUCGCCGAGGGAGGUGCUGCCCACCGGGCGGGUACUUUGCAGGUUGGCGACCGUGUGCUCUCGAUUAAUGGCGUGGACAUGACGGAGGCCCGGCACGACCACGCCGUGUCCUUGCUCACUGCCGCCUCACCUACCAUCGCCCUGCUGCUGGAGCGGGAGACCGGGCUGCCCCUGCCCCCCAGUCCCCCCCCACACUCCCCCCCGCCUCCUGCUGCCGCCACCCCAACCACUGCCUGCCCUGGAGAGCCUGGCCCACCACAGCUGGCCCCUAGCCUGCUUGCCAUCGCCCUGGAGGGGCCCUAUCCAGUGGAGGAAAUCCGGCUGCCCAGAGCAGGGGGCCCACUGGGGCUCAGCAUUGUCGGGGGCUCGGACCACUCGAGCCACCCGUUUGGCGUUCAGGAGCCGGGAGUGUUCAUCUCUAAGGUGCUGCCUCGGGGCCUAGCUGCACGCAGUGGCCUGCGGGUUGGGGACCGCAUCCUGGCGGUGAACGGACAGGACGUGCGGGCAGCCACACACCAGGAGGCGGUCAGUGCCCUCCUCCGGCCCUGUCUGGAACUAAACCUGCUAGUCCGCAGGGACCCACCUCCUCCGGGCAUGAAGGAGCUCUGCAUCCAGAAAGCCCCCGGGGAGAAGUUGGGCAUCAGCAUCCGUGGGGGUGCCAAAGGCCAUGCGGGGAACCCCUGUGAUCCCACCGACGAGGGAGUGUUCAUCUCCAAGGUGAGCCCUGCGGGAGCGGCAGGCCGAGACGGCCGGCUGCGGGUGGGCCUUCGACUGCUGGAGGUGAACCAGCAGAGCCUGCUGGGCCUAACGCACACCGAGGCGGUACAGCUGCUGCGUGGCGUGGGUGACACCCUCACUGUGCUCGUCUGUGACGGCUUCGACACCAGCUCCACCGCCCUGGAGGUGUCCCCAGGUGUCAUCGCUAACCCCUUUGCGGCUGGCGUCGGCCGCCGGAGCAGCCUGGACAGCAUCUCUUCUGUGGACCGGGAGUUGAGCCCCGAGGGCCAGGUCAGAGACAAGGAGCUGGCAGGACAGACACCACCACGGGGGCCGGAGACCACAGAAGCCACUGCUCAGAGCUCAGAGCUGCUGAGGCUGGACUGCCGAGCCCUGGCUGCAGUGUCCAGUGGAGGCAGCGUGCUGAGGAUGUCCUCAGGGGCCAUUGGAGGUGGGACCACCGAGGCCCCCUGCUCUCCCAGCCAGCAGCUGCCUUCCCCGCCCUCCCCGGAUGAGCUGCCCGCCAACGUUAAGCAGGCCUACCGGACUUUCGCCGCUGUCCCUACUCAACACCCACCCGACGACACCACGGCCCAGCCCAGCACAUCGGCGCCCACGGCCUCCCCGGAGCAGCUGUCUUUCCGUGAGCGGCAGAAAUACUUCGAAUUGGAUGUGCGAGUGCCCCAGGUCGAGGGCCCGCCCAAGCGUGUGUCUCUGGUGGGCGCCGAUGACCUGCGCAAGAUGCAGGAGGAGGAAGCGCGCAAGCUGCAACAGAAGAGGGCUCAGAUGAUGCGGGAAGAGGCGUCAGUGGUCCCCGGACCUCCGGACUUGGGGCUUGUCCUGGAAGGGGAGGCCCCCGACGCACAGGACGAUGAGGAGCCACCCUGGGCCGGCCCGGGCACUGCAGGAGGGCUCAGCCCUUCAUCCCCUCCGCCUCUGGGAGCCAAUGCCCCGGUGCGAACAGCCAAGGCAGAGCGACGUCAUCAGGAGCGACUACGCGUGCAGAGCCCCGAGCUGCCGGUGCCGGUGCCCGAGCGGGCCCUGUCCCCUGCGGAACGCCGGGCCUUGGAGGCGGAGAAGCGCGCACUGUGGAGGGCGGCCAGGAUGAAGUCGCUGGAGCAGGAUGCUUUGCGCGCACAGAUGGUCCUCAGCAAGUCGCAGGAAGGCCGGGGCAAGCGUGGGCCCCUGGAGCGGUUGGCAGAAUCCCCCUCGCCCGCACCCACGCCCUCGCCCACCCCCCUGGAAGAACUCAGCCUUCAGAGCAGCACCUCCCCAGGACGGCUGUCCCCGGAUUUUGCUGAGGAGCUGAGGGCCUUGGAAACAUCUCCCAGCCCCAGUCCCCAGGAGGAGGACGGAGAAGUGGCCUUGGUGCUUCUGGGCAGGCCCUCACCUGGGGCUUCAGGUCCAGAGGAGGUGACCCUAUGCAGCAGCCGUCGCCCCAUGCGGCCGGGGCGCCGAGGCCUGGGCCCCGUGCCUUCCUAG